AUGGUACAAGAAGUCGAAGUUCAAAACAGGAGGUUAUCUGUUAACAAAAAGACCACCAUAAUCGACUGGAUUGAUUAUGUUGAUGCAUCGAUAACGUACGAUGACUUUUUUUCGAAAUAUUUAAUGGAGAAUAAACCGUGUAUUUUUAAGUCGAAUAUAACUGAAAAUUGGUCGUGUAAAAGACAAUGGAAUCUAGAUGGUGCACCGGAUUUCGACGUUCUUGAUAUAUCGUUUGGAGAUUGUAUAGUACCAGUUGCAGAUUGUAAAAAAAGAUAUUACAAUUCACAGUCUAAAGAUGAUAUGAAAAUGAAAGAUUACUUAGAUUAUUGGAUGGAUUAUGCAAAAAACAAUUAUUCAGAUUCUAUGGCGCUUUUGUACUUAAAGGACUGGCAUUGUCAGAAAUUAUUCCCCAAUGCUCCUAUGUAUACAGUUCCUGAGUAUUUUGCAUCUGACUGGCUAAAUGAAUAUUACAUGGCACAUCCUGAUUUAAAUGAUGAUUAUAGAUUUGUAUAUAUGGGCCCAAAAGGAACAUGGACACCAUUGCAUGCAGAUGUAUUUGGAUCAUACAGUUGGUCUGCUAAUAUAGUUGGAAAGAAACGUUGGUUACUUUUCCCUCCAGGUCAAGAAGAUUUUCUUAGAGAUAUACAUGGUCAAUUAAUAUAUGAUGCAACAUCCAAAGAACUUGAAAACUAUGCUGUAUAUAAGGCCUAUGAUAAGCGAUCGAUAAAAUAUAUUGAUGUAAUUCAGAAGGAAGGUGAAAUUAUAUUUGUACCAUCUGGCUGGCACCAUCAAGUUUGGAAUAUAGAGGAUACAAUUUCUCUCAAUCAUAAUUGGAUCAAUGGUUGUAAUAUUAUAAAUGUGUGGCACGGAUUAAAAAAGGAAUUAAACUCUGUAAUGAAAGAAGUUAGUGACUGUAAAGAUAUGAGCAAUUGGGCAGAACAAUGUCAAUUAAUAUUGAAAUCAACAUAUGGGAUGGAUUAUAACUUAUUCUUUAAUUUUCUAACAUUUAUAGCUAAACGUCGUUUAAGCAUGGUUUUAAAAAAAGAGGACGUAAUUACCUUUAAUAGAUAUAAACUCGGAUUUAGCCAUUGCGUAUUCGAUCUCCAUUCAAUAAAAUUGACAUUGAUAGAUUUUAUUAAUGAUAUGGAAGAGAAAUCUAUUUAUUAUUUAAUUUGUGAAAAACAGCAAGCCCAUAAAUUACUGAACAAGCUGUUAUCAUUUUUGCAAUCAUAUGACUCAACUGAACAUUCAUCUACAUGAUAAAAGACAAAAAAAUUAAAAAUGAAAUAAGAAAAUAAAAAUCUUGUUUCUGUUUAUAUAAAUGUAAAUAUUAUGAUG